AUCAAGUUGAGACACGCGCACAAGCUGGAGAAUCGACAAACUACAGCCAGGCCCACCAGUCGAGAGUUUUGCAAGUGCACAGCGUGUUGCGAAAGUGCGCCUGGCCAAAGUUGUCGCCACGCAGGGGUCGCAGCGUGCGCUUCCCAGUACGGCCGCCAGAUGUCGCCCAAGACAAGACCGUCCACUCUUGCCGGAAUUCGGAGCUUCUGCUGUGUUUUUUUUUUUCCUCGAAGGACGAGAAGCGCUCGUGAGCCGUCAAGUUGAGCCUUUGACGUUCGGUUCGAUGCAGCCGAGCGGCGUAGGAAACCGCGAUCACGCGCUGACCUUUUGUGCCGAGCGACGGGCGCGCGUAAAUCCUCCGUCGUGCGUCGGUGGACGACGCGGGUGGGGGCGGGGCUAAUGCGCACAUCGAUCAGCGAUCAGCUGCAGUCGCCCGACCGCCGACCCGGGUGACCUCGAGGGAGUGACGUGCGCCGGCGGGGUGGGGGUGGGGGGCGGUCUGAAGCCAAACAAGUGUGGAGUCCGCAAUCGGUCGCCGGAUGCGCGAUGCCGGGGGUGACCAAGUACAAUUUGGUGGACGACUGCCUGGAUUUGAGGGUCCCGAUGCAUAACGACGAGGUGUUCCAGCAUGGAGUCUGCUUCCAGGCAAAGUACAUCGGGAGCUUGGAAGUGGGUCGUCCCGGCAGCCGCAUGGAAAUUGUCGCCGCAAUGAGAAGAAUCAGAUAUGAAUUCAAACAGAAGAACAUCAAGAAGAAGAAGGUCAACAUCGUCGUUUCUACGGAUUUUGUCAAAGUGAUAUUAAGAAAAAAGAAGCGAAAAGGCUGGACAUGGGAUGAGAACACAAUCUUGGUGACUCAGGAUCCGAUAUUCAGGAUUUUUUACGUCUCCCACGACGCGCAAGACCUAAAGAUCUUCAGUUACAUCGCACGAGACGGCGACAGCAACCGUUUCCGCUGCAGCGUCUUCAAGUCCAAGAGGAAGUCUCAGGCCAUGCGGAUUGUGCGGACGGUCGGUCAGGCGUUCGACGUGUGUCACCAGCUGACCCUGCAGAAGAAAACGGACGAGCGGCAGGAUGAUGAGGCCGAGGAGGAGCAGCCCCAAGCGACGGCAGCGGACAAGAGGUUUGCCUUGUCAGAGGACACCGACCUUGAAGCCACAACAGAGGAGAGCAUCGAGUGCAACACUUCAUCAGACACGGAGAGGAACAAGACGGUCCUCGGCAAUGACGGCAAGGGCUCCGACGGCGGCUCGCUUCUGCUCAACUCCCCGGCCGACGAGGCUCCCGUCGCGGCUCGGUCCGCCGCGGAGGGUCCCAGCGCUUCGGAGCACCACGUCCAGCUUUUGCAGAAGCAGUUGGAGCAGCAGGAGCAACAGGCGCUGGCGGCGUCGGCUCAGGUGCACGUGCUCCGGGGGCAGCUUUCCGUGGAGGCGUGCGCUCGAAGCGAGGCCCAGACCAGAGUCCAGAGGCUGCUGCAGCAGAACACCGACUUGCUGCAGCACAUCUCCCUGCUGGUCAAACAGAUCCAGGAACUGGAGCUGAAAGCCGGCGGACUCGAUUUCACGUCCAGGGGCUCUCAGGACAGUCUUCUGGAGAUCACUUUCCGUGCACGACCCCCCAGCACGCCCAGCGAACCGCUGACGCCGUCUCCCUCGACAGGCCCGGCCGCCUCCCCGUCCCAGCAGCUCCAGACCAGCGACAGCGGCUGGCUCUCCUUCCUUCCGCGGUCCUCCUCUUCAAGCACCACGGGCGCCGAAAGCAGCCCCCUCAGCCUCGCCGGCAACGCGGUGCGUCUGGAGUGCUUCCGGUUCUCCUCGCGAGUUCCGGAAGGUCAGGAGCGAGGCCAGGCAACGGGCCAGGCGCCCGACGACGGGGCUCCGGAUGACGGCUCGCUGCCGGGCGAGGAGGUCCUGGGAGCUCUGGAGCUCCUCCGCUUCAGGGAAUCGGGAAUCGGCUCGGAGUACGAAUCCAACACGGACGAGAGCGACGACCGGGACAGUUGGGGGCUCGGGGAGGGGGCCGGCCUGGACGGUGCCGCUCGACUUUUCCGCGUGUUGAAUACCGAGAGCCUGCCGGACUGUUUAGGGGAUGAGAUGGCCGUGUAGAAGCGGCCGUUCUCGACUUCGCACUCGUGCGUCAUCGCGCAGACGUGAACAUCACCAAAAAAGAAAGUUUUCAAAAUGUCUACACUUGUCAAUGUUGUGGCAAAGGAGGCUUGAAGUAGCAUUCGUAACACACGCGCGCAUGUUGAGUGAUAAAUGUAAUAUAUGUAUCGAGAAUUACCCUGUUCAAAGCUAACGCUAAUGUUCUGUUUUUCAGUCGAAGACUGUCUCCACAUUUGGCUUCAACAUUAAAGGGUCAUCUUGCACUUUACCGGCGCGCACUUCAAUAAAAGGUGAACGUGUG